AUGUCUGCUUCUGCAAAUUCUCAAUUCCAGUACUCUAGAAGGUUACUCUUCCUAAACUCCCACCUCAACUCAUCCAACCCAUCUUCUUCUCACAACAACAACUCGACACAAUCAUCGUCUUACUUCCUAGGAGAGGUUGACUUUAAUGUAAAUAUCAUCAUGGUGCUGUCUGUCCUCGUCUUUACUCUCAUCUGCUCGCUGUGUUUAAACUCCAUCAUCAGAUGUAUCUUAAAGUGUUAUUUCAGCAACAGCGUACUCAAUAACAACAAUGUCUCGAACACGACAACGAACCCUCCGGCUAGAUUGGCCAACACUGGGUUGAAGAAGAAGGCUCUCAAGAGUUUCCCUAGAGUGACCUACUCUUCUGAGUUGAAGCUCCCAGGUUUGGACACAGAGUGUGCGAUCUGUCUCUCUGAGUUCAACAAUGGCGAUCGCCUUCGAAUUCUUCCAAAGUGCAACCAUGGCUUCCAUGUUCGUUGUAUUGACAAGUGGCUUAGCUCGCAUUCGUCUUGCCCUAAAUGCAGACACUGCCUUAUUCAGACCUGUCACAAGAUCGUAGGGUCGGAGACGACGACGACGACGACGACCCAGCCUUCUUCUGUUGCUCCUGCUGAAACUAUUGUGAGGAUCGCACCUUUAGAACCAGAGGGUAUGGUGCGUAACUAAAGCAAAGAUAGGGACGAACUUAUUAUAACUACCAUCUUUAAUAUUUUCUCACUUUAUCUUCCUCUAUGUGACUUUGUCUCUUUCAAGUCAUAAGUGUAUAUAGACUUCAGAGAUCCCGAGUUGUUUUGAUUUUUACCACUUACCCUAAGGGUUAAUAUG